GGAUUUGUAGAGAUGGUGGGUUUUAGUGUUUGCUGUUAAUUACAGGUGGCUCAAUGGGCGAAAUUUGAGCAAUAUUGUUUUCAGCAGAAUUAUACACUUCAUAGUUUUCUUACGUAAAUCAAGGAUAAUCAGUUAGCAUACUACUACCCUGAUGAGUUGACCCACGGAAUUCUUUUUGGGUUCUUAGUAAUUUGAAAAUUUGUAAAAAAAAGAUUGAAUUUUUCAACAAAUUCGUGAAUGUGAUGUUUGGGUUCCCAAUUUAAAUAAUUUUUAGUGAUCCAUUCUGGUAGAUUCUUCGCGGUCCGCUGCUUAAUUUGACCUCAACUUUGUAUACGUUCUCUCCACAUUAGAAUCUGAUACUGAAAGAUAAGGUUGUUAAGUCAUAGUAGUAGAUUUGCCAACUUCAUGUUCUGGAGAGGUUUGAGGAAUGUGGUGAUAUGAUAUGAGAUUUUUGUUGGGAAGAGGUGGUCGCAAGAGCUAUGGGUGGAGGGGUAGGAUACGUUGAUGAACUAUGUUGUUAUCCUUGUUGAGUAAGCGUUUGUUGGACGUUGAUGCCAGGGAUGCAUAUGGAUUUACUGUGAGACCUCAGCAUCUGCAGAGAUACAGAGAGUACGCUGAUAUCUACAAGAAAGAGGAAGAAGAAAGACUUCAGAAGUGGAAUUGGUUUGUGAAACAGCAAGAAGAGCCCAUUGUAACUCAACCAUCCGGUGAGGUGAAUGUUGCAAGUGUGAAACCCGAAGUCACAGAGCAACUAUCCCACCCUGUUCAGGAGUUGAAUGAAGGGGAUACUUUGUGUAAAGGUGAUUCAGGAGUUGACAUCCAUAAAGAAACUGAUGCUGAGAAGUUGGUGCCUACAGCUGUUAUUAGAACAAAAUCUCAUGAGGUGCAGAAGUGGGUUCCAGUAAGGCGGUCUCUUAAUCAUAUAGAAACUUUGAUGAGUUCUCGUGUACAGAAGAGAAAAGACAUGAGAGGUGAGCAAAUAAAUACCAGUGAUAACCAUCUUCCAUCAAUUGAGGAAGGAAAAAAUUCAGGAGAGGAUUUUGAACAAGCAUGUGAAGAAGUUUCUGACAAUUCCAUGGAUGAUAACAGCCAUAGUGCUGAUGAACAUAGUGAAUUGGUUGAUGAAGGGUGUGUAGAAACUUUGUUUCCUUCAAAAGAAGAGCUAGAGUUCCUUGUUCAAGGAGGAGUGCCAAGGGAUCUUAGGGGAGAGGUGUGGCAAGCCUUCGUUGGAGUGAGAACUCGUAGGAUAGAGAAAUAUUACCAGGGUUUGCUGGAUCCAGAAUGCAUUGAUGGUGACGAGGAACACGAUAAAUCAGAAUCAGGUGAAGAUGGAAAGCGACUGAAUGAGAGUAGAGUCGAUGUACCUGAAAAAUUGAGAAAGCAAAUUGAGAAGGAUCUGCCUCGAACAUUUCCGGGACACCCUGCGCUGGAUGAACAUGGUAGAAAUGCUUUGAGGCGGUUGCUUGUGGCAUAUGCUCGACACAACCCAUCUGUUGGCUACUGCCAGGCGAUGAACUUCUUUGCUGGUUUAUUACUGCUUAUGAUGCCUGAAGAGAAUGCUUUUUGGGCAUUGGUGGGUAUUAUCGAUGAUUACUUUGAUGGAUAUUACUCACAGGAAAUGAUAGAAUCCCAGGUGGACCAACUUGUUUUUGAGGAGUUGGUGCGCGAAAGGUUUCCUAAAUUGGUCAACCAUCUCGAUUACUUGGGAGUGCAGGUUACAUGGAUAUCUGGGGCAUGGUUCCUUUCAAUUUUUGUUAACAUGCUUCCUUGGGAAAGCGUUCUCAGGGUUUGGGAUGUGCUGCUUUUUGAAGGAAAUCGUGUUAUGCUAUUUCGGACAGCACUGGCUCUGUUGGAAUUAUAUGGUCCUGCUAUAGUCACUACAAAAGAUGCUGCUGAUUGCUGCAGUUUAUUACAGUCCCUAGCUGGUUCAACUUUCGAUAGUAGCCAGCUUGUGCUGACAGCUUGCAUGGGCUUUCUGACUGUAACUGAAGAUAGAUUGCAAGAGUUAAGAGAGAAGCAUCGUGCUUCUGUGGUUGAAGUAGUAGAAGAGAGAUCCAAAGGUGCACGAGUUUGGAAAGACCCAAAAGGUCUAGCCACCAAGCUUUAUAGCUUCAAGCACAACCCUGAACCCCUGGUAAAAGAACAAAAACUGGAAGAAGAUUCAGGAUCCAAUUUGGAGAAUCAUUCUGCUGAAUUGGAUAAAAUGCUUUCUGGCCUGGAUAUCGAUUCAGAAUUAAAUUUCCUUCCAGACAUUCAAGAUCAGUUUGAGACAAACAAUGUAAUGAACAAUCCUUAUGAUCCAAUGGAAGAGCUCUGCAUAUGCUAAGCUUCCAGGGCCACAUAGUAUCAUGUUUGUCCCUGGACACUUAUAUUUCUAGCCUAUAUCAUGGUUCAGUUUGUAAUUGGUUUUAAAUUGUUUUUCUUUAAAACAUGUCUAAGAAAACUUGUUAAGCGCAAUUCAUUAAGAACUUUUAUGCAGGUUGUUUGGUUGAAGGUUGAGCUAUGCAGAUUACUGGAGGAAAAAAGAACAGCAGUGCUCAGGUCAGUGAUAAGCCUGCAUUUUUUUCCUUCUUUUGCAUCAUUUUCUUCUGUCAAUCAGUAGCUGAAUAGAAGGUAUACAUGUUUCGCCAGUGUGUCCCCUUACAAACUAAGAAAUGUUUUUUUUUUUUUUUUUUUUUGAAAGGGCACAACCUAAGAAAUGU